AUGUCUACGGUUCUGCCAUUCCCUGACGAACUGGUUGAUAAGUUAUGCGAGGAGAUAGCAUAUAAUAAAGGUAAGAUCAAACUUUCACAGUUAUGGAACAUAUCUAAAAAUUUCAUGGUAAUCAAUGAGGAUAAUAAUAAAUCAAUUAAAAACUUUAUUUUCUCCUGCUUAUCGUCAAAUAGUGAUGUUUUGAUACAUGAAAAUGAGAAGAUACUAGCAAAGAAUGGAAUCGAUUUUGAAAAAAUAUUGGAAAAUGAAGGGUCUAUUAGUGUGUCAAUUAGUGAAGAUAAACUGUGGAUAAUAUUGACUGGAUAUAGUAAAAAAGAGUCUAGCAUAGGUAAUAUGCCCUUUGAACUUCUUUUAGAGAUAGCCAAGUCCAAAGAAAAUGGAAUAAACACCAUGGAAUUGACUUCUAUUACGAAACAGGACUCAAGAAGUAUAACUGGCCGUAUCAAGAAAAUAAGCCAUCUUAUCAGUGAUCGUCAAAUUGUCUAUAAGGGCCAUUUGGUGAAACAUAUUACGUUAAAGAAGUUUGCGAAUCUAAAAAGCCCUCCAGUCGACAAGCCAUAUGUCAAUAUGCGUGAACAAUUCAGUAAAAUAGUAGAGAUUGUUAAGAACUCUAAAAAUGGUAUAAGACAAACGACUGAUCUUAAGCGAGAGUUAAACUUUGAUAAGGAAAAAAGACUGUCAAAGGCGUUCAUUGCGGCAAUCAGUUUUCUAGACGAGAAGGGCUACCUGAAGAAGGUUUAUGUUGUCUCUCCUAAUAACCCACGAAUCAAGAUAAGGUGUGUUAAAUAUCUACGCGAUUACGUACCAGAGAAUAGCAACAAUAAUUCAUAUGAUGGUUAUGAGUCCUCAAGCUCCGAAGAUGGAGAAGAUAACAAUGGAGCUAAUAAACUCAAUUUAGAAGAGGAGGAAAUGCUUGAGGGACUUGACAGCUUCAAUGCUACUGGCCUGUUACAAAGUCAAAAUGGUUUCAUUAUGGAAGAGCAACCUGCUAUAGAAAAGGAAACUGUCACAUUGAAUAGAUUUUACCCAUUACAAAAUCAAACCUUCGAUCUUGUUGAAAAGAAAGGCCAAACGGGGUUGUCCACAAUGGAUACGAUCAAAACAUUGGUGGGAACUGAUUACAAAAGGGCUUUUACCAAAAUCAGUGAAUUUUACAUUGGAAGUAGUGGAAAAAAACAAACUGGUCAAUCAAGCGAUUACAAUUUAACCAAAAUUUAUGACUUUGAAGGUAAAAAAAAAUUCUUCAGGCUAUUCACAGAACAAUAUUUUAAUGAAAUGACUAAUCCUACCAGCCCUUUCCACUAUGAUGGCUUUUCAGGACUAAAAUCACAAACGGCCGAUAUCAUCUCAUUGAAUAAGGGGAAUUACAUGCCUUUAAAUACGACCUUAAGGUUUGGUAUUGAUUCUAACAACAAUGAGGUUUUCUUUUGGAAUGGAGAGGAUAUUGGUACACUGAAAACGAAUGCCAUAAAAAAGUUAACCAAACAGGAAAGGAAGCGUUUAGAAGAACAACAAGAAGAGGAAAGAAAAGCCAAGAAGAGGAAACUGGAAGUGGCCGCCCCUGCAAUGAAUGAAGCGUCAACAGCAUCCUCUUCUGAACAAGGCACUACUGGCACUCCCCUUGUUACAUUGACGGCACCUAAGGUUAGUCUUCAAGAUAAAUCUGCUGUUAAUAUUGAUGGGUUCACUGCAGCUUCAUUAAGGUCGCUACAGAGACAGAAAACCAUUUUGGAAGUGUUGAAAAGUGCAGGAGGUAUAUUAUUUUUACGAGAACAAUUUCUCGAUGAGGUUUCGAGAUUGAUGAAAUCAAGUACUUUGCUUGACAAGAAAACGGUGAAUGGCGAUAUUGAGUUAAUGAUAAAAAGUCAAAAGUUGAAUAUACGCUACGAGCCUAAAGGAAGAAGAAGGUUACUAUAUUUGCCCAACCUUACCGAGGAUGACAUAAUAAGGUAUUUGACAAAAGAGAAGGACAAAAAGAAAACCAAGUUUAGUGAUGUUACUCAUAACACAGAUAUCUACUUUUUUGACCAAACGGCCAAAGAUAAAUUCAACAGAGGUACUAAGUCAGCCGAGAGAGUUCGUAAGUACCAAAACAAGACAAGAAAGAAAGCAACUGUAUCCGAUGAGGGGUCCACAGCUGGCAAGAAAAAAAUACCAAAAGUGGGGUCCAAGAAAAAGGAAAAAGAAGCCCUCUUCUCUUCUAUUCACGAUGCUAAUGUAGAAGAAACACUUGCAGCAAAUAAGGAGAAAGUCAGUAAAGCAAGAAUGGUUUUCCAUGUAGCUAAAAAAUCAGGUAUUGAGGCCUUGAUAAUGUCUGUUGUCAUCACAAAAAGUAUUACCAAUGAAAUUCAAUGGAGUAAAAUUUCGCAGCUUUUCCCAAAAAAUGCGUUAGAUAACUUGAAGAAGCAAUGGACUAAACGUAGAGUGAAAAUGGGCCAUGCUGGUUGGAAAGCUUAUGUUGAUAAAUGGAAAAAGAUUUUGGUUCUUGGGAUAAAAAAUGAAAAAGUUACAUUGGAGCAGGCAGAGAACCUAGAUUUACCUGUAUUAAUCAACUUGUGGGUUGAUUAUGAAAAAGGAAGAAAUGAUAAACCGGUCCUUUUAUAUCAGAAUUAUGAAGAAAACAGGAAAAGAAAUACUUUUGUCAAAGAUACUAGCUCACGUGCUUUACAAACUGGGCUAGUUAUGUCUUCUAUGAUUCAAAGAGAAACUUCCUCUUUAAAGCAAACGUAUACGUAUGAAUUAGAGAAAAAAAUAGACGAGGACAUUUCAGAUAAGUUCACAGAAGGCCAAAUCAGAUCUGCUAUAAGAUCUAUUCUCAUAGAUAAAGUAGAAACUGGAAAAGAUGAAAUCAGUUUAUUGAAUGAAGUUCCGAAAGAAGAACUGGAUAAAAUAAUAAUGGAUAUGGCGAAAGAGAAGCAAGUUUACCUGCGUGGCUCUAAAUUAGCAGCGACAAGCAUCGUAAAAGAAUAUUUAGAAUUAAGGGGCUCAUACCAAUCUUUCCUAAACUCUGCCACCUACACGACCAAAUUCGAAGAAUUUUUGACUGCUGGUAAUGGUAUUGUCAUUCACCAAGAAAUAUCUGAUAUUGCAGCUUGCCUAUUGAUUGACCUUAUUGUUAAUAGAAAGAUAAGGCUUGAUAUAAUUCCGAUGCCAAGAGAUAUAGAACCGUUCAACUAUACGACUAGACAUUUUGAAAUUGAUACAUUAACGCCUCCAUUGAUAGUUUCUGGAAAUAUUGGAGACAAAAGUUUGUUUGCGUCUAGUAAAAAUGUACCAGUACCACUUGGAAAAGCCUAUUCUAGAUUGUGGAUUGACUCGGACGGUUUACUUAGACAAAAUAUCUGGAAACAGCUAAUCGCAAUUGUAAUAAAAGAAGUCAUGUUUCACCCUGGUGUGACAGUAAGUAGGUUGGAGCAGCUCUCUCAUAACAUGAUUUCUGAAAUUGAACUGGAUGAAAUUUGUCAAUGGCUCGUGAAGAAGGACAUGUUAUAUGAGCUGCCUUUCAAGGGCUACUGUGUAAAUCAUCAGUGGUAUAGAAUUUUAGUUUGA